GUGUGUGUGUGUGUGUGUGUGUGUGUGUGUGUGUGUGUGUUGAUGUCCACAGUAUUAAUGAAGUCCUGUGUAAUCAACGUCAGCAGCAAGCUGUCUAUAAGAGACAUCAGAUGAGACUAGGACCCCGACCCUGUGUGGGGGUCUAGAUGGAGGGUGUAGGACCCUGUGAGGGGGUCUAGAUAGAGGGUCAGGGACCCAGUGAGGGGGUCUAGAUAGAGUGUCAGGGACCCCGUGAGGGGGUCUAGAGAGAGGGUCAGGGACCCAGUCAGGGGUCUAGAUGGGGGGCUUCUGGACCCUGUGAGGGGGUCUAGAUGGAGGCUCUGGUCCUGCUCAUUGCUGAGUCGUAGAUGCUGUGGAUCCUGGUGAAUUGACGUGUGGAUUAAGGACCAGAUGGGUCUGAGCGACCUUGGCUCUCAGAUUAAUGUCAGCGUAAGAGAUUGAGUUUGUCUCUCCCUUAGUGAAAUGAGGGUGAGAGGAUGAGGUGCAGGUGGUGAGGCGGGCGGCCGCUGGUGUUCUGAAGCCCGAGGGAGGGACUCUAAUCCCUUGAUCCCCACGAGGUCGCCUCCUUCUGGAAUGUUCCCUCACUCCUGGAGCGAGGGAACACACUGUUGUCGUAGUGACGGCUCGUCGUUGGUCCUGUCACGAUGACGGAGUUGUCAGGGUGGAGGCCUGCUGCUAGCCAGUUCCUGGUGGAAGCGGUUUCCUGGUGGUAGUUUCCUGGUCAUUUCUUGGACGUUUCCUGGUGAUGGUAGUUUCCUGGUGGUGGUCGUUUCCUGGUCGGUUCUUGGGGGUGGUAGUUUCCUGGUAGUUUGCUGUAGUUUUCUGGUUGUGGUAGUUUCCUGGUUGUGGUCGUUUCCUGGAGGUGGUAGUUUCCUGGUAGUUUCCUGUUAGUGGUACUUUCCUGGUCGUUUCCUGGUCGUUUGUUGAUAGUUUCCUGGUGGCAGUCCCCCUGGCCGGUGCAGUGGUCUUAAGGCGCUUGUUAGCCGGGUGUCAGCGCGCGGCGGCUCCAGGAUCUGGGUCAUUAGCUGUAAUCUGAGGAGCAACAUCGACGUGGGGCUACACGGAGACGGGCGAGAUUUAGCGCGGGUUUAAUCCACGGGCGACAGCUGACAGCCAAUACCCUGGCUCCGGGUUCCUCCUCUGGCUUCAGUAGGUCACCAGGGAUCUGUACAGCAUAGGCGUGCUUACAGCCAAGCUAAGCUCCCUGCAGACCUGGCCCGGCUCCACCUGGCCGAUGGCCCUCACUCCCAGGUGACACACGGCUCCUCCAGCCAAUCAGGAUGUAGUGUCACCAGUGACUCUGGGAGCAGCAGCCUAUCAGACCUUUACCAGGCGACUGAGGGUGACAGCGGGGACAUGGACCUCAGUGGUCUCCCUGAGACCGCCGUGGACUCUGAGGAAGACGAUGAUGAGGAGGAGCUGGAGCGGGCGUCGGACCCCCUGAUGAGCCGGGACAUCGUGAGGGACUGCCUGGAGAAAGACCCCAUGGACCGGACCGACGACGACAUCGAACAACUGCUGGAGUUCAUGCACCAGCUGCCGGCCUUCGCCAACAUGACGAUGUCCGUGCGCCGUGAGCUAUGUGCGGUGAUGGUGUUCGCCGUGGUGGAGCGCGCCGGCACCGCCGUGCUCAACGACGGAGAGGAGCUGGACUCGUGGUCGGUGAUCCUGAACGGCUCGGUGGAGGUGCUCCACCCAGAGGGCCGGGCGGAGAUCCUCUGCAUGGGGAACAGCUUCGGGGUCAGCCCCACCCUGGAGAAGGAGUUCAUGAAGGGGGUGAUGAAGACCAAGGUGGACGACUGUCAGUUUGUGUGCAUUGCGCAGCAGGACUACUGCUGCAUCCUGAAUCAGGUGGAGAAGAACAUGCAGAAGGUGGAGGAAGAGGGCGAGAUCGUCAUGGUGAAGGAGCACCGAGAGCUGGACCGGACCGGGACCCGCAAGGGCCACAUCGUCAUCAAGGGUACGACGGAGCGUCUGACGAUGCACCUGGUGGAGGAGCACUCGGUGGUGGACCCCACCUACAUCGAGGACUUCCUGCUGACCUACCGCACCUUCCUGUCCAGCCCCAUGGUGGUCGGCAAGAAGCUGCUGGAGUGGUUCCACGACCCCAGCCUCAGGGACAAGGUAACACGCGUGGUGCUGCUGUGGGUCAACAACCACUUCAACGACUUUGAGGGCGACGCGGCGAUGACCCGCUUCCUGGAGGAGUUCGAGAACAACCUGGAGAGAGAGAGGAUGUGCGGCCACCUGCGGCUCCUGAACAUUGCGUGCGCGGCGAAGGCGAAGGCCCGCGUGGUGACGCUGACCCGGGCCUCGCGGGACGCCCCGCUGGCCUUCAGCCUGCUGGGGGGGCAGGACAAGGGCUUCAGGGUGUUCAUCGACGCCGUGGAGCCCGGGAGCAAGGCAGCAGAGAGCGGCCUGAAGAGGGGAGACCAGAUCCUGGAGGUCAACGGUCAGAACUUCGAGAACGUCCAGCUGAUGAAGGCCAACGAGAUCCUGAAGAACAACACCCACCUGUCAAUCACGGUGAAGACCAACCUGCUAGUGUUUAAGGACCUCCUGGCCCGCCCGGACCAGGACCCCUCUGAGGGGGAGGUGGAGGAGGAGGUGGAGAGGAAGAACGGCGCCCCCCACCUCCCCAAGAUCGGAGACCUGAAGAAGGCCAGCCGCUUCUCCAUCCCCGACCUGGCUGUGGACGUGGAGCAGGUGCUGGCCCUGGAGAAGAGCAGCAAGAAGGGGAAAGGCGGCACGGUGGGCGGCCGCAACAAGCUCAAGAAGAUCUUCGACAAGACACUCACCAGCAUCCUGCCCCCAAAGCCCUACAACGACGUGGCGGUGGGCCAAUCGCAGGACGACAGCAUCGUGGGUAUGAAGCAGUCCAAGCAGAUCCCGGCGGCGCUGCCCGUCAGCGGGAACCUGUCCUCCUCCAACCCCGACCUGCUGCAGACACACCAUCGCAUCCUGGACUUCAACAACCAAUCAGACCUCUCGGACCAGGUCCUGCGGGUGUUCAAGGCGGACCAGCAGUCGCGGUACAUCAUGAUCGGGAAGGACACCACGGCGCGGGAGGUGGUGGCGCAGAGCAUCCGGGAGUUCGCCCUGACCGCCGCGCCCGACGCCUACUCGCUGUGCGAGGUGUCCGUCACCCCGGAGGGCGUGAUCAAGCAGAGACGCCUCCCGGAGCAGCUGUCCAAGCUGGCCGACCGCAUCCAGCUCAGCGGCAGGUACUACCUGAAGAGCAACAUGGAGACGGAGACGCUGUGCUCGGACGAGGACGCCCAGGACCUCCUGCGGGAGGGCCAGAUCUGCCUGCUGCAGCUCAGCACGGUGGAGGUGGCCACGCAGCUCAGCAUGCGCGCCUUCACGCUGUUCUGCGCCAUCGAGCCCACCGAGUACAUCGACGACCUUUACAAGCUGCGCUCGCGGCCCGGCCCCGCCGCCCUGAAGCGCUUCGAGGACGCCAUCAACCAGGAGACCUUCUGGGUGGCCAGCGAGGUGACGCGGGAGCCCCACCAGCUCAAGAGGAUGAAGACCGUCAAGCACUUCAUCAAGAUCGCCCUGCACUGCCGCGACUGCAAGAACUUCAACUCCAUGUUCGCCAUCAUCAGCGGUCUGAACCUGGCCCCGGUGUCCCGGCUGCGGGGGACCUGGGAGAAGCUGCCCAGCAAGUACGAGAAGCUGUUCGGGGACCUGCAGGACCUGUUCGACCCGUCCAGGAACAUGGCCAAGUACCGCAACGUGCUCAACAACCAGAACCUGCAGCCGCCCAUCAUACCGCUGUUCCCCGUCAUCAAGAAGGACCUCACCUUCCUCCACGAAGGGAACGACUCCAAGGUGGACGGGCUCAUCAACUUUGAGAAGAUGAGGAUGAUCGCCAAGGAGAUCCGCCACGUGGGCCGCAUGGCGUCCGUCAACAUGGACCCCGCCCUCAUGUUCAGAACCAGGAAGAAGAAGUGGAGGAGUUUAGGCAGGUCUCUGAGCCAGGGCAGUGCCAACGCGGCGGUGCUGGACGUCAGUCAGGCCGGCGGCCAUAAGAAGCGCGUGCGGCGCAGCUCCUUCCUGAACGCCAAGAAGCUGUACGAGGACGCGCAGAUGGCCCGCAAGGUGAAGCAGUACCUGGCCCACCUGCGGCUGGACGACAGCGAGGACAGCCUACAGGCCCUGUCCCUCCAGUGCGAGCCCUCCGUCUGCACCCUCCCUAAGAUCCCGAGCGGGCGACGGUCAGACACGUCUCCGGUGGUGGCGCGGGCGGCUAGCCAGCAGCGCGGGCAGCUAGCGCGGGGGGGCCCCGGCCUGCAGGUCCCCGCCGUGGCCCUCUACCCCUCCCGCAAGAAGGUCCCAGUGAAGGACCUGCCCCCCUUCGGCACCAGCUCUCCUCACUCCCUGAAGAAGAUCUUGUCUCUGUCGGAGGAGGGGACCGACAGACAGAGGAGACCCCAAGAGGACACGGUGUCCAACACCUCCUCCCAGCUCUCCUCCCCGCCCACCUCCCCGCAGAGCUCCCCCAAGAAGGGUGUGUCCAGAGGAGGUGAGAGCUACGCAGAGAGCGGUGUCCACAGCGACGUCUCCUCCCGCUCCAGCCUCCUCAGCACCUCCUCCUUCGACAUGCAGGAGCAGCGGAGGCAGCGGAGCUCUGGGGGGGCCGACCCGGCCCUGGGGGGGGGCGGGGCCCGGCUGGAGAGACGGGCCACCACCGACCCGGACCAGUACAGCCUGGGCUCCUACUCCUCCAUGCAGGACUGCCGCUCCCUGUACGCGGGGGGGCCCACGGUGCUGUCCUCCCCCAGCAGUGAGGAGCUGACGGGGGACCAGGGCGACCGGGUGUCCCUGGACGCGGCCGACAGCGGGCGUGGCUCCUGGACCUCCUGCUCCUCGGGCUCCCAUGACAACAUCCAGACCAUGCAGGGCCGCAGCUGGGAGACGCUGGCCUUCGUGGCGGGGGGCGGCGGCGUGGUGGGCGGGGGGGGCGGGGUCCCAGCCGGGCUGUGGGCCGCCCAGACCCGCGGCAGCUGGGCGUCGGCCAGCUCCUCGUCCUCCUCCUCGGCGGCCUACUGGGGGGAGGAGUCGGAGGGGGACACGGGCACCAUCAAGAGGAGGGGCGGGAAGGAGGUGAACGCCGACGGGGAGACCAGCAGCAUCACCUCCACCGGCUCGGAGGACGCAAAGCACCGCGCCACGCCCUCGCCCAUCACCACGGGGGGCAAGGGGCUGCUGGCGAGAAAGGACGGGCGUUACCGGGAGCCCCCCCCCACCCCCCCGGGCUACACGGCGCUGACCGCCGCCGACCUGCCGGACGGCCCGCCCCCUGCCGCCCCCAGCGCCCCCGUCGCCACGACGACGGCCGGGCCUCUCUGCAGCCGCCGGCCCCCCGACUAUAGCACGGCGCUGCAGCGCUCCCGCAUGGUCACGCAGUCACCUGACCUGCAGCACCGGCCCCCCCGCGGCCCCCCCCACGGCCCUGCCCACGGCCCCCCUCGCCCAGAGGAGGAGGAGGAGGACGAUGAACAGGUGUCUGCAGUCUGAAGGGGGCGGGUCUUCCUGCAGUGAUGAGAGGCUCCGCCCAGUAGAAAGGGGCGGGGUCAGAGAGACUGACGUGUAGAAGGACCAAUAGACUCAUCAUCAGUUACGUACGUGCCUGCGGCCUCUGAUUGGUGGAGCUGCCGCCGGCCCCGCCCCCUGCCUUAAAGCAUCUCUACUGUGAAGACGACGGACUUCUGGCACUUUGGACGGAGACUUCCUGUUAGAGAGAGGGAGGCUUCCUGUUAGAGAGUGGGAGCCCUGGUUGCCAUUAGUAACGGACACAACCGACUGUUGCCAUCGGCGACGGACGCUGAAUAAAUUGAACUGACGUGUUGAGCCUCAUCUGCACUUUGUGUUUUAGUACGAGAACAAAACCCAACUUCCUGUCUUACUUCCUGUCCCGUCCCCCUCGGCUUGUCUCUCUUCUUGGACUCUGAGAGACACCCCCCCCCUCCCAACACCAGACCAGUAUUAUUACAAAAACACAUACACACACGCACACAUCAACACACAUCAACACACAUCAAGACACACAACACACACAUCAACAUACACAAUAGCACACGCACACAGAUUAAAACGCACACACUGGACCACAACCACGGAUCAAAUGGCACUUUCAGCACAGCAGCGUGAGGUCAGAGGUCAGCGUGAGGUCAGAGGUCAGCGUGAUCCAACGCUGUUCCAAACUCAAUGUUUUUAAUCGACUGAUGAAGGUCAAAGCACAGAGUCGCGUUACUGCGCCUCUGCACCCGGUCCUGGUCCUCACCCGGUCCUGGUCUUCAGGGUCCUGGUCCUCAACCCGGUCCUGGUCCUCGCCCCGGUCCUGGUCUUCAGGGUCCUGGUCCUCAACCAGGUCCUGGUCCUCGCCCCGGUCCUGGACUUCAGGGUCCUGGCCCUCAACCCGGUCCUGGUCUUCAGGGUCCUGGCCCUCAACCCGGUCCUGGUCCUCAACCCGGUCCUUGUCUUCAGGGUCGAUGACCUCUGAGGUGAACCAGCGGUGACCCCUGAUGACCCCAGGCGACCCCUGUUGACCACUGCGGUGACCCCCGCUGACCCCUCGGCCGCCGGUCACAUUGACCAGCGUCGGAGGCUCCGGUAAAUGAAGAAGAAGAAGAGUUUCCUGAAGGAAGCUCUCAAAGGUUUUGGAUUAUUUCUCUGACUUUGUUAUUGUCAUUUUUUGUAAUGGCUGCCGAUGGAUUGUGGGUAAAAUGAUGCGUUUGUAAACCGUGGUGAGAUCAUGUGUAUAUUAGCACCCGUUCGAUAAACAACUUGCACAACAAGGAGAGCGCAGACGCCGGUUGAGCGGUCAUCCCUACAUUAUCCCCAUGCUAAUCCCACUGCUAAUCCCCAUGCUAGUCCCACUGCUAAUCCCAUUGAUAAUCCCUUCAAUAUCCUUAUGAUAAUCCCAAAUGCUAAUCCCACUGCUAUUCCCACUGCUAAUCCUCACUCAAUCCCACUGCUAAUCCUGUCAAUACCCGAAUGCUAAUCCCAAUGCUAAUCCUUUCAAUACCCCAAUGCUAAUCCCAAUUCUUAUCCGAUCAAUACCCUAAUGCUAAUCCCUUCAUAGACCCAAAACCUAUCCAAUGCUAACCCUUUCAUACUGCCAAUGCUAAUCUCAAAGCUAAUACCCUCAUAAUCCUAGUGCUAAUAACAUUGCUAAUCCCUCCACAGACCCACCGCUAAUCCCUAAAAGAAUCCCUUAAUAUGAUAAUCCAAGUGAUCAACCAAUCAAAUUCUCAGUGCUAAUUCCAGAUUAAUCCCAUCACUGAUCCCAAUGUGUUCCCAGCUCUAAUCUCUGAAAGUCCACUCUAAUCUAGUCCCACUCUAAUCUAAUCUCACUCUAAUCUCUGCAUAGUCCCACUCUAAUCUCACUCUAGUCGAUUUCCACUCUAAUCUCUGCAUAGUCCCACUCUAAUCUCUGCAUAGUCCCACUCUAACCAGUCCCACUCAAAUCAGUCCAAGCUCUAAUCUGUCCCAGCUCUAAUCAGGCGUAGAUCACAGCUCGUCAGCCUAGUGGUAGAAGUGUGUUUAAUGACUGAUGUCAAAGACGAUGUACAUUUAACUGUCCCCCGCAUCAUUUCUCGUGAUACUUCCACAUGUAUGUCUUUUAAAAAGACAGUUGAUGAAGUAUGUAUCUGUUGUUUUUUUUGUAUUUUUAAUACAAUAAUUGUAAAUAUUGGUUCUAUUUUUGUUCAAAUGUACUGUUUAUGCCUCAACCUCCAGUGGAACGCUGGAGAUCAAUAAAUACUGCGUUAAGAAGC